AUGACGCCUGUCGGAAUAUUUGCCGGAAUAAUCCUUCUGUUGGCCAUAUAUUGUGCAGUGGACCCAUUCAAGCACAGUCCAAUUUCUGGAUUCCCGAACUUUGAAGCUUUUAAGGUGGAAUUAACACCGUGGUCUGAAAUACCUGUUGAAAAAGACACUGAAAAUUUGCUCCAGAAAUCGGAAAUCAAGUUCUUGAAUGAAGUGCAAGGACCGGAGAGCAUGGCAUUCGAUCCAAUGGGUCGUGGCCCGUACACUGGUGUGGCUGAUGGGAGAGUUAUAUUUUGGGAUGGCCAUAAAUGGACUGAUUUUGCUUAUACUUCGGCUAAUAGGUCUGGCCUAUGCGAUCCAAAACCAUCGAUUAUGAACUAUUUGAAGAAUGAGCACAUCUGUGGCAGGCCUCUGGGGCUAAGAUUUGACAAAAGAACAGGUGAUCUAUACAUUGCGGAUGCAUAUUUUGGGUUAAUGAAAGUCGGGCCUGAAGGUGGCUUAGCAACAUCACUGGCAACUGAAGCCGAAGGAGUUCGACUGGGAUUUACAAAUGACUUGGACACUGAUGAUGAAGGGAACAUUUAUUUCACAGAUAGCAGCACUAAAUACCAAAGAAGGAACUUUCUGCAGUUAGUUUUUUCUGGAGAAAAUAGUGGGAGGGUGCUUAAAUACAAUCCACAUACAAAAGAAACCACCGUUCUUUUUCGGAAUCUCCAAUUUCCAAAUGGACUGUCCCUAAGUAAGGACGGUUCAUUCUUCGUUUUCUGUGAGGGUUCGGUUGGAAGGUUGCGAAAGUACUGGUUGAAAGGUGAAAAAGCAAGGACCUCCGAGGUAAUGGCUGUGCUGCCUGGCUUUCCUGAUAAUAUCCGAACAAAUGAAGAUGGUGACUUUUGGGUAGCAAUUCACAGUCGAAGAACCAUAUAUGCUCAUUUAUUGGCUUUAUACCCAAAACUCAGAUUGUUCUGGCUGAAGCUUCCAAUUCCUGUGAAGCUCCAUUUUCUGAUGCAACUUGGAGGCUCUCCAGCAGUGAUCGUGAAGUACAGCCCUGAAGGUAAACUUUUAAAGAUUUUGGAGGACAGGCAAGGAAAAGUAGUUAAAGUUGUGAGCGAAGUCGAGGAGAAGGAUGGAAAGCUUUGGAUUGGAAGUGUCUUGAUGCCAUUUGUUGCAGUUUACAAAUUAGACUAA